AUGGAGGAAACGCAGACUUCAGAGAAGCCGACAACUGCCGAGGUCAAGAGAUCGACCGCGGUAGGAAGUCCCUCAUUUCAGAAAACCAAGUUUGAAAUUGUGACACACAGAAAACGACCCUUGCAAGUUGACUCCACUUUUACAAAAACAGUGGAAGCCUCCGCGAGAGGUCGAGUGCUCUCUUCCCUCUCUUCAACGGUCUCCGAGGCUUUGUCUCCAAACUGUCUCUUUCAAGCGAUUCCUUCCCCCCAUGGGUCUUCUCGUCUUCCUCGACUCCGGCCUCUGCAUCCUUUUUCCGGGAAGUCUUCUCCAACUGCUUCUCUCUCUGCCUCGUCUGCUGCUCGCGCCUGCUCUUCUUCCUCGACUCCCUCUUCCAGGUGGAUGCGCGUCCAUUCGUCGUAUGCAUUUUCAUCGCUUCCUUGGCUGUUCGUUUCCGCGUCAUUCCUUCUGAUUCACUCGACUUGCAAUGGCGUCCUUCUCAGCGACGGCGUUCGCGCGGUGUCUCCAUCGUCUUCGUCCUUCCCUCAUCACAGAAUUUCCUUCUCGUCGUCGUCUUCUCUCGCUUCUUCUUCUCUUGCGUUUCUUCCUCUAAGGGACCUGUCUGCCGCCAGGAUGGAUUCGUCGUCUGCAGAUCCUCUCGUCUCUCAGCAGACCCUGCUGUCUCGGUCUCCACGUCCUUGUCGUUCUUCUUCUCCCUCUCCCUCUUUGUGUUCUCUCUCUUCCUCUUCUACGGCUUCUCCCUCCUCUCCUUCUUCCUCGUUCUCCUCCCCUCUGUCUUUGUUUUCUUCUCCUCUCUCUUCUCGUUCGGCAGAUCGUUCGGCCUCUUCUUCUCGGCUCUCGGCCGCCUCACUUCCGCGGCUCCCCCCGUCUUUUGUCGCCGUCUCACCGGGACCUCCGGUCCGUCUCUGUCCUUCGUCGCAGCUUUCACUCUCUUCUCUGCACUCGCCUGUAUCAGGAACAAGCGCGCCGAAGAGCAAUCGGCAGCACCCUGCCUCGGCAUGUCCUCCCCUUCUUUCUCCUCUCUCGUCAGAACUAUACUCUUCUGUGCAUGCAGGCAGGAACGCAGCGGGUGCUGGCUCUCAGAGAGGACGAAUGCCGAAGAAAAAAUCAGGAAAGACACGCAUGCAGCCUUCGCCUUCUUCUCCUUCCUCUCCUUCUUCGCCUUCUCCUCCUUCUUCUUCUCCUUCUCCUCCUUCUCCUUCUUCUCCUUCUCCUUCUGGUUCUUCUCUUGGUUCGCGGUCUUCGUCUCCUGCUUCGUCUCGUUCGGAAGCGUUUGGUGAUUCAGCUUCGGUGGAGGCAUGUCACUGGGGACAGCAAGAGAGGGAAGAAAGAAAACGUUCGGUUUCGACAGGGCGAGGCGCGUCCUUUCUUGCAUGUCUGCGAAAAGCGAAAGCGCAGAUCGCUUCUCGCAUGCACCUCAGUGCCUCUCCACGCCUUUGGAAUUCGAUAUCUCGAGUUCUUUCUCUUGCUCCUCUCCCCUCAUGCUCGCGUGCGUCUGCCUCGAUGUCGCUCGCUCCUUCUCCUGCCGCCCCGUCUUCUUCUUCUUCCUCUCCGCCGUCGUCGUCUUCUUCUUCUCCUCUUUCCUCUCGCUUUUCUUCCUUGCAUUUGCGAGUGAGCACUGGAAUGUUGCUGUUGCUUGUCGGACUUCCUCUGCUGCUUCUGGCGCCUCCGCCCGUGUUUCUCUUGGGUGUGCUUCUCCAGUCUCUCCUGUCGAUAAAAGAAUUCUCAGACCUCUGCAUGCGCCGCGGCAUCUUCAAUCCUUCUCUCAAAGUAUCGGCCCUCACCUCCGCCGCAGUCUUUGCUGCUGCCGCCUUCCCGCCCAACACCCAGCUUCAUCUCUUGGCUCUACCGGUGUCUGUCGUCUUUCUGCUAGCUUCGCUGCUUCUCUCUUCACCCUCGACGAAGACCAUCGCAGACAUUUCAGCGUCCAUCUUCUCCCUGAUUUGGUGUGUCGUCCUUCCUUCCUUCUGGGUAAAACUGCGUUUUCUCCGCAUCUUGCCUGACGAUGCUUUCUCCUCGCCUCUCGGCCGUCGUCUUCUCUCUUCGCUCCCCGCGUUCUUCUCCUCUUCCUCGUCGUCUCCUGCGUCGGGUGCGUCUGCCGCUGCCGGCGUCCGCGCGUUUCUUCCUCGGCCGUAUGCGCCUUCUUCUCUGCUCGUGGCGUCCUUCCUCGCUUUGAUUUCUUCAGACACCUUCGCGUACUUGGUGGGAUCGCUCCUGGGAUCUUCGCCGAUCUCUUCUCUCUUCGUUCCUCCGCUCUUCUCGUCGCUUCCCCCUGCCGCGUCUGUCUCCCCCAGGAAGACCGUGCAGGGUCUCCUUGGCGGCGCCGCGGCUGCAGGCCUCGCCGGCCUCGUUUCUGCUUGUUUGAUUGAGAGGUCGCUGCCUCUCGAGCGCGUUUGGAGAGACGAAAAAGAUCGUGAAACGCGUCGCCUCGCCGCGCAGGCACUUGUCUCCGCUUUGGAGAUGCAUGCGAAGAAAGGCUUCGACCUCGUCGAAAAAGAGCCUUGCGCCUCACACCGAAACGCGACGCAGCCCCCCCAAGACGCCGGACCUUUCGGAGACAGCUACCUCUCUUUCGCACCUUUCUCCCCGCCGUCGGCCUCCCAACAGGCUUCAACGCGAAGCUGGCCAAGGCAUGUAGCGCGCCUCAUCGGUUCGCCACUGCAUGCGCUGACUGCGCUUGCUCGGCGCUGCCGGGCCGGCUCGACCUCGGCAUCCGACGCGGCGCGAGACGCUGUCUGGCCUUGCCAUUCCAUCCCCUUUCAAGAAGCUCGCACAGGCCUGUCUUCGCCUGCGUCGUCUCCUCCGUCGUUCGCGUCUUUCGUCUCCUCGUCCUUUCUGCGUGCCUGCGUCUCGCGCAUCGGCUUUUCCCCCUUGCUCAGAGGAUCGGGCGUCCUCUCGGGAGUUCUUCUUUCGCUCGUUGGGGUGUUGGGGGACUUGACGGCGAGUUUAGUGAAGCGCGACGCCGGUGUGAAGGACAGUGGCACUCUGUUGCCCGGCCAUGGAGGAUGGCUCGACCGGACAGACUCCUACCUGCUCGCGGCGCCGCUUGCGUACGUGAUCAGUCUCUUCACUCAAAGGUUCUGCGCAUGCAUUCUGAAGAGAAACGCAGUGCUCGACAGCCUCCAGGAGGCCGACGAAGUCCCGCAGAUGCGGGCCUGA